ACUAUUCCCUAAUUGAUUACCCCAAUUCCUACACUCCAAGUCAAUACCUACACUCACAACUUUUAACCUUGCAUCAUAUGGGUAUAGUAAAAUUUUUGAACGACGGUGACUAGGAGCAAGUAUUAGGUAAAAGUUUUCGUCUAUGCCAUUUGCAUCAUGUUUUUAAAUAGCUACGUUUGGGAUUGCUUUCAUUCACGUCUCUAGUUACGCUCUGAAGAUCACAGAAGACAUGUCAGGUGCUAGCCAUUGCGGAUUGCUUUCACUUGCGAUCCUAGUACUCACCACGUUUGUAUCUCCAACUUCACAACGCGAUUUAAGAAUGGAUGAAAACGGGUUGAAAACAGAAACAUUCCUGUCUCCUAAGGUCGAGCACGAACCUGGAUCAGUGAGCAAUAAAUAUCUCUACGAUAUCGGCUUCCCAAAGGGUCACAUCGCCGUCAAGCGUUUCGACGCCGAGGUGGUCGAUGAGGCCGGCCAUUCUGUCCCGCUCCACCAAGCUUAUAUCCACCACUGGGCUGUCAGGAGAUACUACAAACCCUUGGGUCAUCACUCCAAUAAUGAUUCAACAAGCACAUACAAGCUGGCGAUGAACGCCGGCGUCUGCGAUUCCCUUCCGCAGUAUUUCGGUCUGGGGGCUGAGACACGACAGACAGACACCCAUGUUCCGGAUCCUUACGGAAUCGAGGUUGGGAAUCCGCCGGAAGGGUACGAGGAUGCGUGGGUGCUUAAUCUACACACGAUUGACACCCGAGGCACGGUGGACAGUCUCCGGUGUCUGGAGUGCAAGUGUGAGUUGUAUAAUGUGACAGUGGAUGGGUUCGGAGAUCCUAUUGGCAACGUUUACACGGGCGGGAUCAGGUGCUGCUACGACGGCGUUAGGUGCAGGCUUAAAGAUGGGUACAGUAGUGAUGUAAGGAAAGUGUAUUACAUGAAGUACACCGUCACUUACGUCGACUGGAAUCCGUCUAUUGUUCCUGUCAAGAUUUAUAUAUUUGACGUCGCUGAUACUCUGGAAUGGCGGGAAUCCCUGCAACGACAUCAUUGCUGGAUUGAAUAUGAAGUUGAGUCAUGUUCUGGUUCCACGGCAAAUGAGAAGUGUGUUGAUACCAAAAGUGUAAGUGUAAAUUUGGCAAGUGGAGGAGAUGUCAUCUAUGCUGUUGCCCACCAACACAUAGGAGGGAUUGGUUCAACUCUUUAUGGAGAGGAUGGGCAGACAAUAUGCUCAUCUUUCCCAAUUUAUGGGGAGGGAACGGAACCAGGAAAUGAAGCCGGUUACAUUGUAGGAAUGACAACAUGUUAUCCUCAGCCCGGUUCUAUUAAAAUUGUGGAAGGAGAAAUGUUAACCAUUGCGUCUAAUUAUAGCACUAGAUUGAGUCACACUGGAGUCAUGGGAAUGUUUUACAUUUUAGUCGCCGAACCAUUGCAAAAAUGUAAUUCUACCCUGCAAGCUCAACCCGAGAUAAGUGAGACGACAGUGAACCCAGCAGAUGAUCUUUGAGCUUUAAGAGCAUCCUUAUCAGUCGGGUUCUUUCACGGAUUAUGAAAUUAUCAAAAACUAUUCACCUACAUCUGUUUGAAGAUUAUAAACCAGAUCUUGGCCUGACAUGAACCAAGAAAGAUACAUUGAUGCCCAUGCUCUAAUGGCGUUGUAGUGCUUGUUGUUGUUGUCAUUAUUGUUAAGGGACAGCUACUAUGAAUCAAGUUUAUGUGGUGUUUAUGCGUGUACUAAGUCAAAUAUUGGGCAUUGCUUAUUGAAAUAAAUAUUCUCAGAAUAAAUAAAAGUUGUUAAAAUACAUUUUAAAUAUGUGAUCAUUAUCUAGUGGUUAGGUACUUUUCUUAAGUUUUUAGAGAGGAUAUAUACAUUGUAUGUAAUUUCUGGUUAUUGAUUGAAUGAGAAUCUCUGGCAGCUUUUUAUCUCUA